GAUACGAGUGCGAAUCUCGGGAACGUUUUGUCUUCAAACUUCAAACAACAUGACCACCGCAGGCAGAUGGGCGGCUACUACAGCUGCCGCGGCUGUCACCAUCGCCCUUCUCAGGUGCGGAGGAGCGCCGCCUUGCCAUGCCUUCCUCGCAUCAGGCGGCAUGGCGUUCGCGCCGCAACACUCAUGCAGAGGAAGUAGACAUUGCAGGGCAACCAGCAUGUCCGCAGCAGACGGGCUUGACCUGUCGAAUACGGCGGUUGCCGAGGUCGAUGAUGACGGGAGCGGUGCAACCAGCCGUUCAAACGUCGCCGCCACUGCCGCUGGUUCAACUCCCGGCAACACCGGCGGGGCCACCGAAAAAAAGCAGCGGAAUAGUGGCGGUGCUGCUGCCAAGGCGGGGAGGCGAUGGAUCAAGGAGCUGAAGACGGGCGAUAAGGUUAUCGGGUACGUGGCGGACACAACAAACUUCGCUGCGUUUGUGGACUGCAGCGUCGUACGGCAGGGGUCAAAGAACAAGAUUGUCCCAGUGACGGGAUUCCUCCACCUGACGGAUAUCAAACGCCCGUACGCGCUGGAGGGCACCCCCGGCGUCAAGGAUUGCGAGGUGGAGGUGAAGAAGGGAAUCCACCUCACGGCAUAUGUCAAGGACGUGUUUCCCAACGCGGGACGCAUGACUCUGUCUCUCGACCCCAACAUCAACAAGGACAAGGUCCUUAAACUGCGCGACUCGAAGCGGCAGCGAUCGCGAAACAGCCGAAGAGAGCGCCUCCACAAGAAGGGAAGACGGCACGCGGUGGGCGACAUCGUAGAGGGAUACGUCCGCGAGGUGCAUGAGUCGAUGCUUCUUGUGGACGUGAUGUUUGCUCAGUUGUCGGUGCUUCGUGCGAGCAACAUCCGCAACUCGGAGGAAGGGCAAAAGUUCGUCAACUUGUCCAACAAGACCAAGCCCGGGGACUUGAUCACCGUGCGCAUCGAGGAUAUCGAAACGAGCAAGCGGAGGGGGGCGAAGGACGACAAGGCAACGAUCGACUUCGUCGCAUGGGGAGGGCUCGGCGCGGCCAAGGAUGAAAACCACCAAGAAGACGACGCCUCUUCUGCAGCAGCAGCAGCAGCAACAGGCGUAGGGCAGGAGUUAGAUAUUGCGGCGGAGAUAGACGCUUUGCCCGCCCAACAACGAACCGACGCCGAAUCCGCCGGGCCUGAGGCUGAUGUAACGAUGUAGCAACACCGGUAGAGGAGAAAGAGGAAGGCCAAGGGGAAGAAGGAGACGAAUCGCAGCAACCUCCCACCGAGCAAGCACUGCUGUAGGGGAAAACAUGUUUCCGCGGUACUGUUGUACUGGGUGCAAAGUACUGCCGCUGCUGUGCUUUGGGACAUGUGCAAGGUUGCAGACGAAAAACACGCGUUGAAGAACUGCGGUUGGCACCGGCAGGAUUUGGAUGGUCGAGCUCGGUAAAUGCAACAAUCGAAAACGCGGCGCUU